AGAUGUUCGUUGUUGACAAGUCGCAUGUGUGACUCAAUUGUCAAAACAUGCAAGAAUAGCGAACAAAAGCAGAAUCAUUGCAGCGAUUGACUUGCCGUGCACAAGGUGACCGAUCGAGGCACGCUUUCCUGAUGAUGCGUGGUUGCGCAUUGUUCUCGAAAAGAUGCUGAAGAACGCCUUUCCCAGGCGCCUUCCUUCGCUGGUGCAACGAAGAUGGGCAACACAACCCACAGAACAGCCCUUCCCUCCGAACAUCAACGAGUGGUCACAUCCUCCCUCAAGUGCUACCGUUUCAGAUGAAGAGAUCUACCGGUUGGCAGCAAAGCCUCGCCGGCCUCUCACGCUGGCUGAUCUCGUCAAACAUGGCAAACCUCCCCUCCGAGACGCCGCUCUCCUGUCCUCGGCGAACUUCACUCUAUCACACCUACCCUCCCGUCUGGCCCAUCGUAUACAGGCCCUUCGAAACCUACCUUUCAUCGUCGUGUCAAACCCGAAUGUCUCCAAAAUCUACAACAACUACCUCCACUCUCUCGCGACCUUGGAACCCUUCUACAAGAAGCCAAUUGAGACAAUCGAAGAAGAGAUGAAGUUCACGGAUGCAAUGGCGGACCUUGUUAGGACACAUUCCAACACAAUUCCUACACUGGCUCAGGGUUUCCUGCAAUGCCGCAAAUAUAUUGAGCCAGAGGAAGUGACCAGGUUCUUGGAUCAACAUCUUCGUGCAAGAAUUGGUACAAGACUGGUUGCAGAGCAACAUCUCGCUCUCCAUAUCGCCUCAACAGGCGACGCUGCCCGACAGAAGCCCGAUCCCAAUCAUGUCGGGGUUAUUGACCUGGCACUGAGACCGGCUGACAUUGUACGAAAUUGCGAAGGCUUUGUGGCCGAAGUUUGUGAGCUCAAGUAUGGCGUUCGACCUUCUCUGGUCAUCAACGGCGAAGUCGAUGCGGAAUUUGCGCAUAUACCAAUGCACCUUGAAUAUAUCAUUACCGAGUUGCUCAAGAAUGCCAUGAGGGCAACGAUCGAGGCGGGCAACGAGAGUCAAGCCAUCGAAAUCACUAUUGCCUCGGCGCCUGAUGUGAGCACGACCAAGUUGGACUCGUUGAAGAAGUUGUCCGUAACAGAGGCGAACUCUUUCGACUUCUCACAGGAUGGUCUGGACGAGUACUGCUCUUCGCCAGACGCAGACGUGGGACCACUCAAGGCGGCCGCACCUUGUAUAACACUGAGAAUCCGAGAUAGGGGAGGCGGUAUCAAACCAGAGACUCUGCCCAAUAUAUGGUCAUACAGUUUCACGACCUUCAACAACGAAGAAGCCGCAGCUGCAGCUAAUAGCAGUGGAGCCUCUGCUGGUCUGGAUGCCCUCUCUGCGAGUGGAACUGACCAGAGCUCGAUAGCCGGUCUGGGCUAUGGUUUACCAUUAUCCCGAGCUUAUGCAGAAUAUUUUGGUGGCGGCAUCGCUAUUCAAAGCAUGUAUGGUUGGGGCACCGAUGUGUAUCUGACCUUACAGGGCAUUGGAAAGAUGGAGGACAUGAAAAAAGCUCCGACCGGCCUUGAAGAGCUUCAGGCUGAACAGAAGAAGGACUGAUGAGCAAUAUAUGUAUCUCCUUUUCUCAAGUGAAGACGGCAUAGAUCCUGCCUGCUGCUCGGUCCGCCAGUCUCUCCUGCAUGACCACGCCAUA